AUUUUUGGGAGUUGGUAACACUGAUUCUGAUUCUGAUUUUGUUAGGUGCUGUACUGAAGAAUAAAGUGAUAUUUUUCGAUUUAAAAUUUAGAUAUUAAUCCUGUCGAAUUUACUUAAUAAAGAACUGAAGAAGAGCCGUUUUAAGAGUUGUUCAGUGUAUAACAAUGUUUUACACUUUAUCCUCUAGGAUGUUCAAUAGAAACAGCUUUUCCUACUUGAUUGUCAGUUGUCAGCCAUAGCAAGUAGCAAUUGUAAUCCAUUCCUUUGUGAACUCUAAACCCAGAUAUUUUUAUGGUAAUUUGUAUUACAUUGCUGAUUUCGGCUUCACUUCUUAAGCAUGUUUCAUUAAGAUAUGAUAAAGUUGCGAAAAUUUUCCUUUGUAUUUGUAGUUUUUACCCUUUGUAUGGUUUAGUAGGCUUGUUAACCUCAAUGAAGCGGAAGUGACCAUUAACUAUCUACCUGCUGAUUUUAGUGUAUUUACGAAUUGAGAUAGACUUUUACUACAUUUUGUAUGUUUCGUGCAUCUUAUCUGUGUGUUAUAUCGCUAUAAUGGUAGAAAUAGGUGUUCCACAACAAUCUGCGGAAGAUAGUUUAGAAAACGCCGAAUGGUAUUGGGGUGAUAUUACACGGGAUGAAGCCAAUGAAAAACUCCGUGACACAUGUGAUGGCACUUUUCUAGUCCGCAAUGCUUCAAACAAAGACAGUGGUUACACAUUGACAGUCAGGAAAGGGGGCACAAACAAGUUAAUAAAAAUCUACAACCAAAAUGGCCACUAUGGAUUCUGUGAGCCCUUUGAGUUUAACUCCAUUGUGGACCUCGUUAGAUUUUACACAGAAUAUUCCCUGGCGCACUGCAACAGUAGUCUCGAUAUCAAGCUUAUGUACCCUCUUUCGAGACAUCUAGAAAACGAAGGUGGGGAAAAUUUCAAUGAUGACACAUUAGAAACGAGAUACAAAGAAAUUCAUAAAGAAUUUGUAUUAAAAACCAGAGAUUACGAUGAAAGAUCAGAUAAAUAUAUGAGGCUCAGAGAAGAGGUGAAACUUAUGAGACAAGCCCUUGAUAGUUUUAAUGAAACAAUAAUAGUUUGUGAUAAACACAUCAAAGCACAAAUUGAGAUGCAGUCAAAAGCUCAGCCGCAUGAAAAAAAUGAUCUUAUAGAAAACAAUAGGUUGCUCAUGAUUCAAGUUAAUAAUUUCAAACAAGCAAUUGUCCAUUUGGAUCACAGGUUGAAGAGGACCGUUGAAUCGAAUCUAUUGCUCGAAAGAGAAAUAACAGAACUGAAGUCUGAAAUAAUUUAUCUUUACACAAUAAAAACUCGUUACAAAGGUUGGCUGCACAGGCGAAGCAAGACGGAAGAAUACCUCCAGGCCUUAGAAGAUGACAAUAUUCAUAAACUUGAAGAACUGUAUGCGCAUCGUGAAUCCAAGACCUGGAUGGUUGAAGACUGUUCCCGCACCAGAGCUGAAGAGCUUUUAGAAGGGAAACCACAAGGCACAUUUUUGAUUAGACCAAAUUCAACAGGUCAACGUGCCCUUUCAAUUUGUUGUAACAAUAUGGUGUAUCAUUGUAUAAUUUUCAAGACUGAGAGAGGUUAUGGAUUUGCUGAACCAUAUAAUAUUUACAAAACUUUAAACGAGCUUGUACUACAUUACGCUGUAAACUCUUUAGAGGAACACAAUGAACAAUUAAGGACUGCCCUAAAAUAUCCAGUCAAUGCACAUUUAGUCAAGAUACCAGACAAGAAAGUCCACGAGUCCCAGCAAACAGAUGUCCGUCAGCAUCCAGAUUACCAUCACGAUUCACAGUUACACCUAAACACGGGAAAAGAAAAUGCCAUACACACCCAUAAUAACGUUUGAACGACCUGUACAAGACUACUAGUCAUUUUGUAUGAAAAAAGGCUAGAAUUGGAUUUCAAAGUUGUAAUGAUUGGCACAAAUGAAUAUCAAUUCUUCCAGUGAAUAAUGCAAUUUAAUUGCAUUAAUGGUGAGUUCUCAAUAUGUGAUAUAUUUUUUUUGGUAAAGGUUAUGUUAAUUGUCUGUCAUAAUCUAUACCAUUUUGUUGAUUUUCUCAACAAAUAACUCCUCCAAUGUACAGUCACUUUCAUAUGUAAGUUUUUAUGUGUAUAUUUUAUGAUCAAAACAAAUGUAUUUGUAUGUAAAGAUAAUUACAGUGUUUUUGGUAGAAUAACAAGAAUUUUUAUAAAAUAAUAACACCCAAGUUUGUUAAACUAUUGUACAAUUUAUUUGUAAAAAUUGUACUGUUUACAGUAAUUUUGCACUGUUUGUGAUAUAUUGAAGAGUUCCGUUCUCCAAAAAUCUUCACCAAAUUUUGUAUGUAUAUAAUGAAAAAGAAUUGUUCAAAUUGGUGUAAACCUGUUUAACAUUUUUGAUGUUCUUUUUAAGGGUUAAAUAGAGUUGAAAACAGCUUCUUCUAGUACCUUUGGUAGGCAUUCCGUUUUGGUAUUUGAACUAACUGUACUACAUAAAGAUUCAUGACAAUGUUAUAUAAUAUUGUAGAAAUAAGGAAAUUAGGGUAUAUACACAUAUAUCAGUGUCAUAGCUUUAUGCAAUUAUGUGCUUUUUCAUGUGUGCUAUAAAAGAAAUGAUUAUUCAAUUAAUGUCAUAGAUGUGUGUCUGUAAACAUGCGUUAUAACCCAGAAGUUUGUUUUCUAGGAACAAUUUCAAUUUUAUGUUUUUUUUUUUAAUUAUUUGAGGUCAAUCCUGGGGUAGGUUUUGGCUGUGGUUGACCCUACUGGCAAAAUGGUACCAAACCAAGGCAAGUGCUUUGGCCUUCUGAUGAUGAUACCAGUCAGUAUUGUUAGAUGAACUAUAUUCUUACCCAAUUAAUGCUCCUAUUUUAGAUUGCAUUGUCACUUAACAUUAGGUGAGAUGACUGUCAAGUAUUAACUUGUUAAAGACAAUAAAUAAAAACAAUACACUAGGGUGUUCUGGCUUGCCAGUUUCCAUACUACAAACAUUAAUUUUUUUACCUCAUUAGUACAAAUCAUACACAAUAAAUAUAUAUAUUUGUAUUUGUGACCUGAUCCGUGACACUGAUAUGACUGGAUACACCUUAAAGGUCAAAAGCAACUGACAAAAUUCACGUCCCUAAUAUUGCAUUGUGCACAGCUGAUAGAUGAAUAGUAAUGCAACUAACUUAAGAUAGUUG